AUGGAUAACCAACUCGCCCCGAGCUUCGCGCCGUUCGUCGGCAUGAGCGGCAUCGCCUUCGCAAUUCUAGGUGUUGGUGCUGCCUAUGGCACGGCAAAGUCGGGCAUUGGCAUCUCGGGUGUAGGCACGUACAGGCCUGACCUAAUCAUGAAGUGCCUUAUCCCCGUUGUCAUGUCUGGUAUUCUGGCCGUAUACGCCCUCGUCAUAUCGGUCCUUAUUGCGAGCGACAUCCGGCCGCCGCCCGAGAAGAACUACUCCCUGUACAACGGCAUCAUGCACAUGGCUGCUGGAUUGUCAGUCGGUCUGCCAGGUCUGGCUGCGGGCUAUGCUAUUGGUAUCGUCGGUGACGUGGUACGUGAGGUGGUUUCGAACGGUAGUCUCUAG